AUGUACUUACUACCUUGUUUAAUUGAAUUUUUAAUUCUUUUCUUGUAACAUAAAAGAGCAAUUCGAUUACUUCAGUAAAUUUACUUUAUUUAAUUAUUUCGACUAUUAAAGAAAUAAUCUUUUAUUAAAAUAAAGGGAAUAUUCCAUGAGGCAUCAAAUCUCAACAAUUAUAUUCAGAAUCAAGGAAAGAGAUUAUAUGAACUAUAUAUGAAAGAUAAAUUAGAAUUCUAAAAUUGA